AGUCGCGUCGCGUUCAUCCGACGAGAGCCAGGGUUACGUCGCCGCUCCGCUAAUUCUCCGUGCCGAACGCGUGCAAUUUUCAUUCGCCUGCACAAACUCUGCGUCCCGCGCGUGCAUGUGCCACUGCGACACACUAUCGUCGGACGCUAUCGCUCAGCGCCGUUCUCUCUCCGUCUCCGCUCGAUGGGAGGCUGGCGCAGCUGCUCCCUAACCUCCAAAGCCUAGCGCGAGUUCGUCGACGUUCGGGAGCUGCGGACACUGAAGCGACGCGCGAGUAUAGAGUAUAUAAUAUAAGUAUAACCGGGCAAGUGCGCGAAAGUGCGAGCGUCGCAAGGACCGGAAGAGCCGAGGCGCCGCCGGCUUCUCUAACAAAGAGCCGCCGCAAGUGUCGAAAGUUCUCCGAGUCCGGGGGAGUAUAGGAGGCGCCGCGAGUGAUACUCAGGCAAAAGUGUGCGCGCACGUGAUGCGAGGCGAGCCCUGAGCAGCUCGAUCCUGCCCUUCAGAUCCUGCGCCGAUAGAGAGACUGUGGAGAGCCGAGUUCUCCGCGUCUUCCCCGCAUGUGUGGCUCGCGCGACUCCGGAGCAAGGCUAAGAUGACGAGAGGCGCGGCCUCGCUGCUGCUGGCCGGCCGCGCGAUUUGAUAUCGUCGCGAGAUCGCCUCGACGCCUCACUGAUAAGAAGGUGCGCGACCGUACCGUCCCACUUUGCAGCAGCAGUAGCAGCGCUAUUUACUGUAUACCCCAGUGCAGCGAGAGACCGAGGGACCGGAGCGAGGGUGUGUUGGAUCAUGCAACCGGGCACGAUAAUGCGCGACGUCGACAACACAGAGAAGCUUCUGAUUAACAACAACAAUCUCAACAACAACGGAUCGCCCGGCGCCGACAUCAUGUUCCAGAUGGAGGACGAGGGCCUCACGCAGAUCGGCCAUGUCUUCCACUCGGCUUAUCAGUCCAUUGUCGGCGGUCAACCACAGGUGAGUAGCCGAUCUACCUUCAUCUCGCCACUGGUCGGACUCUCGAUCUCCAGCGAGGUGAGUUACGCUUCUUACAAAAUUCCCGAUGGUCCCUACCACUAUGGGUCUGACGAAUUCGGACAGGACUCGCCGAGAUACACGUCCCCCAAGGCGGCCGCUCUCUACGCGGAUCCCUACUACAUCGAUGGCAACGCACCAGGAACGGGUCCAGGCGACCCCUGGUCCGGCGGCGGCGGCGGCGUGCAGCCACCGUACAGCGGUUACGCGCCGCCUCACCUAGCCCAGCCGGCCUACCCGAUGCAAAUACACGAUCCCAUGGCGUACUCGUCUAUGUCGCCAAACGGCGAGCCGCAGGCCCAGCCGAUCCUGGGCUCGGCGGUCACCUCCGCCGCCUCGCUGCCGCCCAUGUCGACGUUCCGGGGCGGCGCGGCCGCGCCGAGCGCGCAGCAGCAGCAGCAGCAGCAGCAGCAGGGAGCCCCUUCACCAGCCGCAGCGGUGCCUCUGCAGUUCAGUCACAGUCCGGGCGCGCCGACGGCCGUCGCUGUGGUCAGCCAGCCCAGCCAGGUCGUCGCCCAGCCCAGCAGCCAGCCCCAGCCUCCGCCACCGCCGUCCGCCCAGGACACCCUCGGCAAAACACUCGCCUCCGUGGUAAGCAGCAGUGUAGCUUUCUUUGGGAUCUACCCGACGGACCAGUCGGUGUCGAGCUACAGCAGCAACCCGUCGACGCCGGUGAGCUCGCCGCCGCCGCUGACCGGAUCAGCGCCCGGAUGGGCACCGAGCGCCGCGCCCGUUUCCCCGCACCUGGCGGCGGCGGACCCGAACCGCGGAGCUAUUCACAUGCCGGCGCCUGAACUGCAGGGGGUAGACGAUGCCAUCGGCUUCCUUCGCGACCACUCCAAGUUGGUACAGGGAACGCGGAUGGAGGAGCCAUAUCACAUGGAAGACGCCAUAAAUGUCCUGAGGAACAUCGCAGAAAGCCAACCCGGCCUUCACUUGGGACCCGUCGGUCCUCACGGUGCCAUUUACUCCCACACUUCCCCACCGCAAUUGGAUCAUUUGACGAGUCCACAUCCAGCGGUGACGGUGUCGCAGCCACAGGGAUCGUACCCAGGCCUGGCGCCAACGCCCGACACCGACGGAACCAUCAAAGUCGAGAGGCAACCUGUCACGAAUGCCAAAUACAUCACUGUAGAGAAAAGGAAAGAUCCGCCAGAUAGCAGCGGUGGUGAAACCAAGCCUUCCAGUAGUGAACUAGCUACAUCAGUCAUUGGUACUGCUCAGGUGAACUCAACGUCGCAAGGAAAGGGAACUAAACGAUCUCGUCGAUAUUCGAGCGCCGAUGAAGACUGCGACGAUCCCGGCACUAAAGCAGUGCGUGAAAAAGAACGUCGUCAGGCCAACAACGUUCGCGAAAGUUCGAGCGCUGAAGAUGAAGAUGACGACCCUGACGUUAAGGCACAGCGAGAAAAGGAGAGGCGGCAGGCUAACAAUGCUAGGGAAAGGAUACGUAUCCGGGAUAUCAACGAAGCUCUGAAGGAACUUGGCAGGAUGUGCAUGGCACACAUGAAGUCAGAGAAACCUCAAACCAAACUCGGAAUCCUCAAUAUGGCUGUUGAAGUCAUAAUGGCAUUGGAGCAACAAGUCAGAGAACGAAAUUUGAAUCCAAAGGCAGCGUGCUUAAAAAGGAGAGAAGAAGAAAAGGCGGAGGAUGGACCGAAACUUCCUAGCCAUCUUGCAGCACACAUAGCUCAUCCGCAUCCACAUCCCCAUGCGCACACGCAAGCGCCUUUCCCGGCGAUGCCCGGCCCUCCUACUCAUCAACAUACAGCACAACCGCCACAGUAGCAGAGGCUAUGCAGCGGCAUGAUUCCGUAGAGCAUUGCGAAACCGAUCCGCUCUCCGGCCUCCUUCCAACUGCUCGCAGUCGUCUUUUGUUUGUCCGCCCUUUGUCAUCUGCCAAGGAACAGGAGGCGCUAUGAUUUGCGAAUCGUCCUUCGUCGCGAAAAGAGCCGAUGAUUCUUUCGUUCUAAAAAGAAGAGAUAUUGGAGAGGAAAAAACUUAUUGUAAAGUAGUGUUUUAAAAAUAGAGCGAGUACACGAGUAUCCGACAUCGGAAAUAACUGUAUUUUUCUAAGGGAUCGCAAAGGGCGGAAUUGACACUCAAGGUUUCGCUAAGCGAAUCGAAAAAGUAGUAGGAAAGCGCAGGUCGGAAGAGACAGGCGAGACUUGUGAAGCUUGCUCGUGUCCCAGUUCAUAAUUAAAAGAAGUAAUUCGGUCCCAUUCUCCGCGGUAGAGGUACGAGCGCAUUUAAGCGUCGUGCGUUAAUUCCGCUUAAGAAAUAUUUGACCGACUUUGCAUCUUCGCGGGGACACAGAAGCUAACUACGCAGUAACCUUGCAUAUCGUAUGGAACUUAUCGAUGAUUUGUUUCUGAAUAGCCCAGUUAUAUUAAAGAAGAACAACCAUGCGUUUGAUUUCUUUUACUAAAAUUCUACGUCUACUUGUAUACUCAACGUCCAGGACUUAAAUUCAGACACGUUUCUUGUACAAGAGCGUUUCCGUUUUCUUCACUUCUCGGAACACUGCAAAGCUCUCCUCGCGUUAACUUAACGUGGUACUUAUCCGUUGACAGAAAAGGAGAGAAGAUAUUGUUAGAAAAAUGAGAGUCGUGAACCAUAAGAGCUAUUAAGCAUGAAAAUUCAAGACUACCAUCGAAUAAGUUCAAACAUAUCUUGCGCAUAAUUGUAUAUAUUAUAUAUAUAGCAGUGACGCAUGCCUAAUCGAUUAUCUAAAUAAGAUUUAAAAUGCCACAGACGGUUAUUAUUGUCCGAUCAUUAUUCUCAUCAUGAGUAUCAUUAUUUUAUUAUUAUCUAAUGCUAGAUAUUAAUUAUUAUUACUUUAUUAUCAUAGAAUUAUUAUGUAAGAGAAGGAAAUCCUUCGUGAUAAAGAGUAUAUUCUUGUUUUUGAAAGAAAAUAUAGCUCAAAGAAAUCUUCGUAAAAUAAUUAUGAACUUCUGAAGAAACACUCGGUGCCUAACAUUCUGUAGAGUGCUCAACAAUGAUUAGUAGUAACAACUUUUUCAUUCCCGUGCUCGCGCUAUAUUUUUCUUCUCAAGCAUUAUUACGUGUGCAGUAUCUGCUAUACGUGCCAUUUUCUCUCAUAUAAUGUUCAAGUUCAUUUAUGAUUUAGAUUUUUAUUUUGGAAAUCGUUUUUGUGAUAUAAAGAAAAAGUGACGUUAGCUUCAUGCUCAAAUUAGGGCUUGCAAUUUAUUAGUUCUGUGGUUUGAUUUUUCAGAAAGGUGAUAUAUUGUUAUUUUUUAGACGAAUUUUGAUGAUUGUUUUAAUUUGACUUAAAAAAGAACCGUAAAAUAUUACUCAUUUGGCAUAAGAAUUGCAGCAAUAUUCAAAUAUUUCUUUAUCUGCGAAUCUAUGAUAUGAUUUAGUGCAGCUUAAUGACCAAAACGCGUUAAGUGAAAGUUUUUGAUAUAUAAUUUUGAUAUUUUCGAAGCGAAAACCAUUGCACAUUUAUUUAGUGUUUUUGUGCGUCAAUCGCUCAAUAUCGUAAGAUCGUAAGAAAUGUAUUAUACGAUUCAAACUUUACAUUCAUUAUAAUUGUACAUAGAAUAAAUUUUUUUAUUUCAUAAUAGAAAUCUGUGUUAUCUCAUAAAUAGUAUAGUUAUCGUGAGAAGUGUAAAGAAUUUAGACAAAACGUUUCAUUAUGAUUUGAAGCUUUGUGUCUACUUCUUUAAUGACAGAUACUUUCUUGCAUAAGUUGGAAAAUUUGCGUUAGAAGAAGGGAUGAGCAUGUUUAACUUUGCGUGAAUUUAUGAGUUGUAAAUAUUAUUCGGUAUUAUGUCUUUCUCUUGCGUGAAACAUAAUCACACAUUUGACUAUCAGUAAGGAGAAUUCGUAUAAAGAUAAAAUAUCGUUUAGGCAGACGGACGAAGUCAUGGUCCUACGAAUUUAAGGAGAAAUAAGUGAAAAAACGUUUGUGAUGUUGCUUAUUGUUUAUGCCAUGCUUAAAACAGAGGAUUUCCUUCUUCGAAUUUUUUUUCUGUUUCGGAUAAACGCGACGCACUGGUAUUGAAACGUCAAUACAAAAUGUUCGCGCCCGGUUAAUAGAGCCGGAUCCAUCCUGAUAAAAAUGAAAAAUGAAACAAAAUGACGUCUCGACGGCAAAGCUGUAUUAUAUAUAUAUUGAACGAGAAGUCGUGCGACCUCGUAUCAUAAGUAUUCAACGUAUUGCUGAAGUUCCUCUGAUACCCAAAAGCGAGGCGAUUCCAGCAUCGGCUCUCAUCGGCAAGUUGCAUAUUUUUUGUCCUUUCGUGUGAGCUUUUCAAAAGAAGGCUUAUAGCAUUAUGACUUCAGCUAGAUUUCAUCGAAACGUAUUGUUUUUAUAUUAUAUUACUCAAUGUGAUCAAAUGUAGGUACUUACAAUUCUUUUCCAGAAAUUAUGGCAAAUUUUUCUUCAUCGACGUAUUUGUUACUUUUACUUUUUAACCAGAGGUUUUCAGCAUUAUUUGACGAUACAUAUUUGUUUUUAUUUUUAUGGACGCUCAUUACAAAGCUUCGAAGUAAUUGCUUGAAAAAAUGACUAGAUUCCUCAAAGCCAUUUUACAUUCUUUUUAAUGGUUACAUUUCUGAAAAUUAUUGAAAAUAAACUGGCUUCGAUGAUGUAUUCAUUUGAUCAAGUAAUUCUAAGGUGAAAUCUAGUUAUAGGGUCGACGAGCAUUUAUAGGACGUAGAAUCACACAAGACAAAAAGAAUAAUGAAAAGUAUGUUACAAAUAAAAAGAAUCGUCAACGCUUGCUCGCAAAACCCAGUUUUUGCGUUGAAUGGUCUGAAUAUCGAAAAAAUUUCAUUCGAGGAAAAGAAAACUGUGAAGCAGCUCUCAAGGACUUCCGCGUGAGAAGGACAAUAACGUCGGUUGCGACCUCGUUCAACAAUAAUUAAUUGUAAUUGUAUACCUCCGUUCGUCUGCGAUGCAAGGCGAUACCGGGUGAAAGAGAGAAUAGAAAGAGAGAUGAAGAGCUGAUGAAAAGUUGUACAUUGUGAGGUAGAAGCGUUAAAGAAGGCCGAGUUGACUCGGCGUGAUAAUUAUUAUUAUUAUUAUUAUUAUUAUUAUAAUUAUCGUAAUUAUUUUGACUAUCAUGAUUAUUAUUCUUAUUAUUCUUAUUAUUAUUCAUUUAUUUGAUUAUUUCUAUUGAUGGCGAUCGUAGAGUGCGCGCGAUCGUAUUCGCAAAUAUGGCGCGAGAAUUAAUGGCGAUAAAAUACUUUUGUAAAAGUACUUGCGAAGGUAAUCAUGUAAAAUAAUAACGACUAUAAAUAGGACUUAAGCUCAGUCUAUAAGCUAGACUCAUCGACAGUUUUAGAUAGUUCAAGUGCGUGGGUGCGAGAGAGUGCGAAAGUGAAAGUUAAACAAAAAAUGAAACUAGAAUGCAAGAGGAAGAGUGCGAGCGAUAUGACGAGUGUGCGCGAUCGUUGAUGUGUGAAAUUGAGUCGGAUAAGCGUGAAAAGGAGGCGAAUGGAUGGUUCUUUAGAAACAAAUGUUCGAUCGACCAAUCCGCCAAUCCGGUCCGUGCGAGAAGUACUUAUGUAUAGGUAUGCAAGAGCUGGAAAAACAGCCGUGGGACGUGCUAUACUGUCUGGUGGUUGGGUUGAUAUCACGAUUCUCUCGCACGGUACACGAUAUAAACUCACACACACACACACACACUCACACAGAUUACACGAGGUUAGUUACACUCAUACAACUGCAUAAAAUUAAAAACCGGCACACGGAUACGGACAAAAUAAAAAAAUCACGAAAAGAUGAUUGGAUUGAGAAAGAAAAAAUGUUUAAUUACCACUAGUAAUAUUAUUAUCACUAAUAACAUAAUAAAUGUGCCAUUUUUCCAGA